GGCAUUUGUACAUAGUGUUAUGGAAAUAGAAAUAAAUGAAUGUCUCGAUAGUACACAUACAUAUAAGUACACUGGUUGUAACGUUAGUAUUUUACCGAAAGACAUAGAAUACAGUAAGUUUUAUAAGGAUUACAUUUAUAACAAUUGGCCGUGUAUAAUAAGAAAUAUUAGUUCUAACUGGGAAUGUUCUACCACAUGGGUCAAAGACGACACAAUAAAUUAUGACCAUUUCAUAGACAAAUACAGAAGUCUUAAUGCUCCAGUAGCAGAUUGCGGCACUAUCGCUUAUAAUGCGCAAACUAAAAACGACCUCAAUGUCAGUGAUUAUAUGAUGUACUUAAAAACCAAUGAAAGGGAAAAGCUCCUGUACUUGAAAGAUUGGCAUUUAAGGAGACUCCGUCCUGAUGACAACUUCUAUGAAGUGCCAGUAAUCUUUGGCUCAGAUUGGCUCAAUGAGUAUGCGAUUGAUCACCAAGAAGAUGAUUUUAUGUUUGUUUACAUAGGACCUAGCGGUUCAUGGACACCUUUACAUGCAGAUGUUUAUAGUUCUUUUAGCUGGUCAGUAAAUGUUGUUGGUAGAAAAAAAUGGAUUUUAUUUCCUCCCGGAGAGGAAGUGAAACUUAAAGAUCCUUUAGGAAAUUUGCCUCUUAUGUUUGAUGAUAUGAAAUUUGAAAAUGUAGCACAUUUCAAAGUAAUACAAGAAAAAGGUGAUGCUAUUUUUGUGCCUUCAGGAUGGCAUCAUCAGGUUUCCAACGAGCUUGAUACUAUAUCCAUCAACCAGAACUGGAUUAAUGCUUGCAACAUUGAAGAAGUUUGGAAAGCUUUGGAAAAAUGUUUGUUAAGUGUGGAAGAUGAGAUAAAAGAGUUCCAAAGCACUCCGGAGUUUGUGAGCCAAUGUCAGCUAAUCUUAAAAUCAAUGUUUGGUAUGGAUUUUGAAUAUUUCAUUAACUUCAUCUGUUAUUUUGCUAAAAAGAGGCUUAGGGAACUAGAAGGAAACAGUUGCAUUGUAUUUAAUAAAUAUUUGUUAGGGAAAAACCAUAUUAUGUUUGACUUGAAAAAGUUACUAAAAAUAAUAGAUUUAUUUAAUAACCACCUCUUGAUUGUAAAUAAUUCAUUAAAUAUAGAUUAUAAAUAUGACAUCCAAACCAUUAAACAACAAAUAAUGAACAAAAUUCAGUAAACAA